GAAGAGAGGAGGCGGAACACCACGUUGGUUAGUGGUUGGUAUAAGUUAGUAGUUGGCUGUACCUCCACCGCAGACAAGCAGCAGGUUGUCAGCAUUUUAAUCUGAAAAGAUGAACGGGUUAGACGAGGAAUCAAUGGCGCCACAGACCUUUCUUUACGGUUGUGUGCUGGAAGCUGGAAAGGAGGUGGUGUUCAAUCCUGAGGACGAUGACUUUGAGCAUCAGUUAGAUCUACGGAUGGCCUGUGUGGACCCCGGCACUAAAGACGAGCUUCACAUGGUGGAGGUUGAAGGACAAGACACAGAGGGUCAGAAAAUCAAGGCAGCGCUCGUCUCACUAAAGCCCUCUACCCUGCCAAGUGUGUGUCUCGGUGGUUUCACAAUCACACCUCCGGCAGUUUUCCGUCUGAGGGCAGGUGCCGGUCCAAUCCACCUCAGUGGACAACACCUCGUCAUGAUGGAAGCUGAUCAGGCUUUUGAUGAAGAGGAGGAAGAUGAUGAGGAAGAAGAGGAGGAAGAUGUCAAAACAUCAAAGAAAAGGCCGGCCUCCUCACCUGCCAUCAAGUCACAGAAAAAAAUGAAAAUGGACAUUGAGGAGGAUGACGAGGACGAUGAUGAGGAUGAGGAUGAUGAUGAGGAUGAUGAAGAUGAUGAUGAUGACGAGGAGAGUGAGGAAGAAGAGUCACCUGUCAAGGCCAAGCCAGCACCAUCCAAGCAACGAACCCCUGCUCAGAAUGGCAAGAGUCCCAAACCCAACACUCCAGCCAAAAAGCAGGAAAAGAGUCCUAAAGGUGAUAAGGCUAAAACUCCACCAACUCCCAAAGGAAACCUAACAAUUCCUGAUCUUAAAGCCAAGUUGAUGGAGACAGUGAAGAAGGGAGUACAGCUACCUAAAUCUCAGCCCAAGUUUGAGAACUUUAUGAAGAAUGGUCAUAAUGUGGCAGACACCAAGGUCAUUGCGGAGCUGUGGAAGUGGAGACAGACAAUGGAUGCCAAAUAACAGUCUCAGUGAUUUUAUUGUCUCUUUUUAUGAAUGGUUUAUGCCCAUAGCACCUCUCAAACCCUCUGAAGCCAAACUCAGUGCCUCACACUUGUCAUUAAUUCUAAGUCUAAUCCAGCUCCACCUGCCCUCCUGUUUAAAGACACUAGAGAGAGACAGUGAUAUGGACGCUGACAGCACACUGUGCUGUUGCAUGGUGGUGUCCUUCCUCCUCCAUCACACUCUCCUCAUUAGGGCAGAGAAAUGAUAUGGUUUGUUGAAUAAACCCCACGAGAACCAGCUUACAAAUUUGCAUAUUUGUAAAUGUGUAAAUAAAAAUCACUAGAUUGUUGGCACCAGAAUAUGGAGGAUAUGUCUUUAUGCUUUUUUUAAUGUAAACAGUAAAGAUUAAUUUGGCCUCAUGCAGGAACAAUAAAAAAAGCACCGGAUCAUUAUGCACACAGGUGCAGACAAGACCAGCAACAAAGCAGCACCAGAAACUAAAACUUUUCAACAGCCAAUAAAACUUCAGCUGAUGUUAGCCAUGGUGACGACAUGUAUCAGUUUUGGUAAAGCAGACGUUUUGAUGGUGAUUGAGCAACAUUGGUUUGUCUUAGUAGAAGUAUUGUCCAACAUGGAUGUAAAAACUGCACUUUGUGAAAUGUUUUGAAUGUUUAUGCUAUGUGAGAUUCCAACGGUCAAGUUCCCAUGACAACACACUGUCCACUUAAAACUGUAUCAGAGUUCAAAGAUUUGUUCCAAUUGUUCACGUAUCAACCGUCCAGAAGUAAUCAACCAUUUGGUGUUUAGCAGAAAGCUGCAUUAACCUGAAGACAUGGUGUCAUAAGUGGAGCACACUUCAGCACUGUUCGUAGAUUGUGGCCUGUUUGGGUUCUUUGUAUUGCCAUGACUACCAGCCAGGAGGCCAAAGGUUACGUACUUGCUCUGUGAGUGACUGAAUGCAUGAUGGAUUUUGCAAAUGAGUUAUUUUUUUUAUUAAGGAGUUACUUAUAACUUUUCCAACAAGGGUUUGCAAAGGAUGUUUCCAGAAAUUCCCACCUGUUACUCAAGUUUAAUGAGGCCACAGCCUUUGUGCUCCUGUGACCAGUUAUAGUAAUAUUAAGAUUAUAAAUGUUGAUGCAUGAGGCCUGUGAAAGCAGAACAUCAUUCCACGUUCUUGGAAAAACAAGUAUAAGUUUGUCUGGGUUUGAGUGGACUAUACCAAGAUUGAUUAAAUAAAAAGAAAAAACUGUGAA